UAGAUAUUAUGAAAACAAAUUACGAAAAAGUGUUGGAGAGAGACGUGAAGUUAUCGGAACUGGAUGAUAGAGCAGAUGCUCUUCAAUAUGGUGCCUCACAAUUCGAGCAGCAAGCGAAAAGUUUGAAGAACAAGUUUUGGUUACAAAACUUAAAGAUGAUGAUCAUAAUGGGGCUAAUCGGUCUAGUCAUUAUAGGUCUACUGUACGUUCGAUACCGUGGCACGCCCAGCGUGACCAGCAUCACUGGUGGUGGAAGCGAUGCUGCAGUGGCCCCGGCACCGGCUCCAACGGCAGACAACGCAGUGGUGCCCACCAACCCACAUUAAAAAUACACGUAACACAGCCCGGCGUCUUUUGGACGAAAUACUUAAAAAAAAAAUUUAGUUAUAAGUAAAUAAUGUUGUGUUGUGUAACUCUCAAUGAAUUGAUAACGGGUUAUUUUACUAGAUUACAUAGGUAAUUAUUUAUGUUUAUAUGUAAGAAAGUACUUACUAUACAACGAUGGCUACAUUAGUUUUACAUUUACAAGAAAAAAUAUUAUACUAGACAUGUAAAGUAUAAAAGUUAAUUACUUAUUUAUUUAUGUAUAAUAUGUUGUAGGUAAAGCAAAAUCUAUGAAAAUUAUGAAAAAUAAUAACCUAAGUGUAAUGAAAAAUGUAAAAUAUGAAUUCAAUACUUAUGAAUGUUGUACAAUAUUCGGGUAAUACCCAUUAUUCUUCAUGAAAAUUAUAGUCGGACUAUGACAUCUUGAGCUGUGAAUAAAUUCUUUUGCGUGCCUUGUAUUGAUUAGACUUUACUAUACUUCAACUGUAGUCACGAGUAUUAAAUACCAAUGACAGAGU